ACCCAAACAGGAGGGAGGGCUGGGACUGCCGUCACUCCCGGGUUACUACCGGGCGACACACCUGGCAAGGAUAGUGGAAUGGCAGAAUACGAAAUCCCAGAAGAUCUGUCCCGUACUGGAAAGAGAGACAUCCCAGCGAAGGUAUGGCUGCCGGACGCUGUGUCCCGGAAACCCAACUCAAAACAACCAUUCAUAGAGGCAGCGAUGAAAACAUGGAACCAAAUCAGGUUUAA